GCCGAGUGAGGAUUUGAGAUGUCUGGAGGCAUAAUGCAUUAUUUUGCGUUGACGGUAGAGGGAGCAAUAAUGAUCUGCACCGGCAGUGCCAGAGCAUCGGCAUAGAGGCACACCACGACUCUUUUUCUGCAAUUCUCUGGAAUCGGGCAAUCCGGACCUAGAAGCCAAAACCAAGUUACUGGAUCUGCAGUCAGCCUCUGAAUAUAUGUCCGGGAGAGCCUGUUUGCUGGUAGUGGUACUAGUAUUGGUGGUUCUGGGUGGGCAUGGUCGUGGGAUGCGGUUGUGGUUGUGGUUGUGGCUGAGGCGCCCGCCUGAGCCAGUCAGCAAACGCCCAAACGCAUCAUGACGGAGACGCUGAUCGGGCGUCUGUUGUACUUGUAUGGCCUGAUUCCAAGAACUUGAAGUUGCCCUGGUCGAGAGCCUGGAUUUCAACACCAGCACUGGCAUCUAAUCAAUCACCUUGUCCAUUUGUCUAUUUGCGGUGUACAUUAUCCAUCUCACAAUCUCUUAUUCCUCCUCGUCGACGUCUUCCAGGUCUCACUGGCAUGUCUCAUGAAUUGAUGUCUUAACGCUGCGCCAUUCCCUCGUUCAUCCAGCAUGAUUUGCGACCGUCUUCAAUGGCAUCCAUCUCUCGUCGCCCUCCACGUCGACCACUGCUCCGUCAUGGUCGCACCUUUUAUGUUACAGCCCUGAUAGUCACACUGUUCGCUGGCUACAGUUUGCUAAGAGGCGUCAGCCGCGCCAGUCUACAAUACGAUGCGCAGAUUGCCGCCCGGUCGCUCGAGGCCCGAGACUUGGAGUGCCGACUCGUCCACCGCUCUGCCGACAAGUGUGCCUUCGUGAAGAACAACUGCCCUGACGAAGAAGCCGGCCUUCUAUCGUACCUACAAUUCUACUACUGCCAUCUCCAGCAUGCGCGCCCGUUCGCCUUUAUCAUAUUGGUAAUAUGGAUCAGUGUCUUGUUCAGCACCAUUGGAAUGGUGGCCUCGGACUUUCUCUGCAUCAACCUAAGCACAAUCGCAAGUAUCCUGGGGAUGAGUGAGAGCCUGACUGGUGUCACAUUUCUGGCUUUUGGAAAUGGCAGCCCGGAUGUCUUCUCCACUUUCGCAGCGAUGAGCAGUAAUAGCGGGAGCUUGGCCGUGGGAGAGUUGAUGGGUGCUGCUGGAUUUAUCACCGCGGUGGUCGCAGGAAGUAUGGCACUGGUUGCGCCGUUCCAGGUCGCCAAAAAGAGUUUUGUGCGGGACGUGGGCUUCUUCGCGGUCGCCGCCAGUUUCAGCCUGGUGUUUCUGGCCGAUGGGAGUCUACGCUUGUGGGAGUGCGCCGUCAUGAUCGGCUACUACGUCUUCUACGUCUGUUUUGUGGUGGGCUGGCAUUGGUGGUUGACGAGACGGCGAAGGAUCAGACUGGCCGAGACAACCGCUCGACUGGGCCACCACAUUCCAGACGCCCAGGAACUCGAAGUGCCUGAAUUUGAGGAGGAUGAAGAAGCUCGUCCGGCAAGUGAACGCACCGGCCUGCUCCGCACAACAUCGGGCGAGAGCAUCCCGACCUUGCGCACCCCAGGGACUCCUGCGUGGAAGAUCGAAGACCUUGACGACGAUGAGGAAGCCCGCGAUCGUUAUCUUGCCGAGUUGCAAAGCCAGAUGAGAGUGGGCCGGCCUGUGCGCGGUGAGAGGAGGAAUACCAUGACUCCCAUCAGGCCGAGUUUGAUCGGUGCGCUGGAGUUUAGGUCUCUCAUGACUUCGUUGGAAAAGAAGAGCACGGCCACCCGACCCAUUGGUCUUCGCCGAUAUUCUUCGGAAGACACGUCAAGUUUGAACCUGGGUCCUCUCAGUGCCCCUCCCCACGCCUCACAGCCGGAGCUUGUCGGCCAUGCUUCUCAGGACCUCCUGACCGUCGACGAAGAACCGGUUGUCCGCGGCCGGGCAGUUUCGGCAAAUGACGCUGCCGGCCUGAGAAUCGAUACCGAUUUCCUUUCUGACAUCACAUCCGAACGAGAAAGGGACAGAGAAUCAGGCAGUAUUUCGAACAGUGACGAUGCUUCUUCAUUAGAACCACCUGCUGCGCACUCCAGACCCAGCGCAAAUAUUCUGCGGACGCUCAACGAACCAGGGAAAAAACAAAAUCCGCCGUCCCCGAGAUUGACGCUGUCUCCCUCAGGCUCCAAAGAUCGCCAGGCUGCAAAAUCGCCCAGUCACCUCGCACCCCCCGCAUCCUCCUUCCACCGUCCCAACUAUAACGAAGAUCAUCGGGACCAGAGCCGAAGCCCAUUGUACUCGCCGAAGACGGGCCCAACAUUACAGGUUCCAUUAUUACAUACACCGCGUCCAGAUCACCAGCAUCCGAAGCUCCGACAGGAAGACUUUCCCCCUUACUCUGAUUCUCCAAGCUCAUCGAAAGCUCCUAGCAUCCAGCUCCCUGAACCCAGCAUGUCGCCCGAAUCCGUUCACCAUCUGGGGCUGCUGCCAGAAGAGGAAGAAGAACCUCGCCGGCAUUUCUCAUGGUGGCCAUACAAACACCUGCCAGCACCGCAGGACAUUAUCGCGACACUCUUCCCAACCCUCCGAGGGUUUCGGGAGAAAUCGAUCGUCGAUCGGAUUUUGAGCUUGGUAACGGCUCCGGCCGUUUUCGUGCUUACCAUCACUCUGCCCGUCGUCGAGCCUAAACAGGAUAGUUCUGACGACCUCGAGCCAGAUGGUCUGUCCCGCCGUCGCAGUCGUAGCCGUACUCACAGCCACGUCCCGCUUCCGUCAGACACGCCGGCUUUCGGCCCCAAGGUCAGCGGCAGUCCGGAAACCGUCGUUAGCACGCCACACCCACACGGAACAAGCCUGGCUCGAACCAUGUCCGACUACCCUCCAAGAGCCAAAAGCGUUAGUCACACAGGCGAAGCCGACCACACAGUAUCGGCGGUCCAAAAGGACUGGAAUCGCUGGCUGGUGUUUGUGCAAGUCUUGACGGCGCCCUUGUUCGUGGUCACCAUCGCAUGGGCCAAUAUGGAUGAAGAGCACAGCAUCCGACUCUACAUCCGACUGGUCCUGGGAUCGCUGGUGUUCUCUCUGGUCUCCAUACUGAUUCUGCUCUUGUCGACCACUCCCGACCGCGAACCCAAGUACCGCCCGCUUCUAUGUUUCUUAGGGUUUGCCGUCGCCAUUGCGUGGAUCUCGACGAUAGCCAACGAAGUCGUCGGGGUGCUCAAAGCGUUUGGAGUGAUCUUGGGCAUCUCGGACGCCAUUUUGGGCCUGACCAUUUUUGCCGUGGGCAACUCGUUGGGGGAUCUUGUGGCCGACAUCACCGUCGCCAAACUGGGAUAUCCGGUCAUGGCGCUCUCGGCAUGCUUUGGCGGGCCCAUGUUGAACAUCCUGCUGGGAAUUGGUAUUGGCGGCAUGUGCAUGACCAUCCACAAGGCGACGCACAAACAUGCCAAACACCCGCACAAGCCGAUCAAGUAUAAACCGUACCAGAUCGAUGUGAGUACGACAUUGAUAAUCUCGGGCGUUACUCUUCUUGUCACGCUUUUGGGGUUGUUGGUCGUCGUGCCCUUGAACGGCUGGAGAAUGGAUCGCAAGAUUGGACUCGGCUUGAUUGCAUUGUGGACGUUGUCAACAGUGGGCAAUGUCGUUGUCGAAAUCCUGGGGUAUGGUGGCGACACGGUGUGAUUCACGCUGUUCUGGGGAAAGGGGGAAUUUGUUUGGUGGCGUGAACUCGGGCCAUUACUAGUAGCUAGCUGGCUUGGCUAAUGCCUAGCCAGACUCGAGUUGGUUUUGUAUAGACAGACGGCUUGUGGUACGAGUGCGCAAGUAACCACCUACGUAAUGACCAUGCUCGGACGUGCUUAAUAGUGGUCUUACCUGCCCUCAGCUUGCGGCUAGAUCCUGCAUCAUGGACAGCUCCGGAUGCAGUGUGUGACCUCCGCGGUGAAAGGACUAAAGGACGCACAUGCAUUGCAGUGCAUCACGCCGGCCCUCUUGCCUAGAUACAUUCUACCUGGUAAGUAAGUACUACACGGGCCGGCACUUCAACUGCGCCGGUAGCGGAAGAGUGCAGAUCUCAUGUCCGUCGUUUCUGAGGAAGGAGGUAUUGUAUGCG